GUGGCUGCCGCGGAGCCAGAACAGCAAUGGCGGCGGGUGGUGGCGGUAGCUGCGACCCUCUGGCCCCUGCGGGGGUCCCCUGCGCCUUCUCCCCUGACAGACAGGCCUACUUCGCUUUGGCCUCUACCGACGGUCACCUGAGAGUGUGGGAGACAGCCAACAACCGACUGCAUCAGGAGUACGUGCCUUCCGCGCACCUCAGCGGUACCUGCACCUGCCUGGCCUGGGCGCCAGCGCGGCUGCAGGCCAAGGAAAGUCACCAGAGGAAAAAAAGGAAAUCAGAAGCUGUAGGAACGAGUGACCAGAUUGACUUGUUGGCUCUUGGUACAGCAGUUGGUAGCAUUUUGUUGUACAGUACAGUAAAAGGAGAAUUACAUAGUAAAUUAAUAAGUGGUGGACAUGACAACAGAAUCAAUUGUGUACAGUGGCAUGAAGACAGUGGCUGCUUAUAUAGUUGUUCAGAUGAUAAAUAUAUUGUGGAAUGGAACGUACAGACAUGCAAAGUAAAGUGCAAAUGGAAAGGUGACAAUAGCAGCGUCACUUCCCUGUGUAUCAGCCCAGAUGGAAAAAUGUUGCUUUCAGCUGGUCGAACAAUCAAACUAUGGGUUUUGGAGACCAAAGAAGUCUACAGACACUUCACAGGACAUGCGACACCAGUUUCAUCACUUAUGUUCACUACUAUCAGACCUCCUAAUGAGAGCCAGCCCUUUGAUGGAAUUACAGGUCUUUAUUUCUUAUCUGGAGCAGUGCAUGACCGGUUACUUAAUGUCUGGCAGGUCCGGUCAGAAAACAAAGAAAAGAGUGCAGUGAUGUCUUUUACGGUCACUGAUGAACCUGUCUAUAUUGACUUGACUUUGUCAGAAAAUAAAGAGGAGCCUGUCAAGUUAGCUGUUGUUUGCAGAGAUGGUCAGGUCCAUCUUUUUGAACACAUAUUAAAUGGACACUGCAAAAAGCCUUUGACUUCAAACUGUACAAUUCAGAUAACAACACCUGGGAAAGGCAAGAAAUCAACACCAAAACCCAUCCCUAUUCUAGCAGCUGGCUUUUGCCCAGACAAAAUGUCAUUGUUGCUUGUAUAUGGCAAUUGGUUUCAGCCUACUAUUGAGCGAGUGGCUUUAAACUCCAAAGAAACUCAUAUGUGUUUAGUAAGAGAUAUUUCAAACUGCUGGGCCCCAAAAGUAGAAACAGCCAUAACAAAGGUGAGAACACCAGUGAUGAAUUCUGAAGCAAAAGUUCUGGUGCCUGGGAUUCCUGGGCAUCAUGCUGCUAUCAGGCCUCCUCCACCAGCCAAGGAAGUAGAGACCAAGAGGAAAUUAGGAGGAAACGAGGUUAGCAUUGAAGAACGUCUGGGAGCAAUGGAUAUAGAUACAAAAGAAGAAAAAGAUGACCUUUUGCAGACGAAUAGCUUUCCAGUUCUUCUCACACAGGGUUUAGAAAGUAAUGAUUUCGAAAUGCUAAAUAAAGUACUCCAAACUAGGAAUUUAAACCUGAUAAAGAAGACUGUGUUAAGGAUACCCUUGCAUGCUGUUAUUCCAUUGUUGCAAGAGCUUACAAAGAGGUUGCAAGGACAUCCUAAUAGUGCUCUUUUAAUGGUUCAGUGGUUGAAAUGUGUGUUAACGGUUCAUGCAUCAUACCUAUCCACAUUGCCUGAUCUGGUACACCAGCUGGGGACACUGUAUCAGCUAAUGGAAAGCAGAGUCAAAACUUUUCAGAAACUCUCACAUCUUCAUGGAAAGCUUAUCCUUCUAAUCACACAGGUUACAGCGUCAGAGAAAACGAAGGGAAUGACUUCCCCUGGACAGAAGGCAAAGUUGGUGUAUGAAGAAGAAUCUUCUGAAGAGGAGUCUGAUGAUGAAGUAGCAGAUAAGGAUUCUGAUGAUGACUGGGAUGAAGAUGAGGAACAGAAAGAAAGUGAAAAAGAUGAGGACAUUGAUGAAGAGAAUGAGGAGGAAGAUGAGGAUGUUGAAGAAAAAGAAGAAAAUGGUGAGGACAGAGAUGGGGCAAGUGAAAAAGAAUUAAAUGGAGAUUCUGAUUUAGAUCCUGAAAAUGAAAGUGAAGAGGAGUGAAGACAGAAGAGCAAGCCAGUCAGACUGUGAACCCUGACUCACCUUUCCCACUGCUGCGGAGUCCUCCUAGGGAGGGUUGUCCCCGUGCCAGGACGCCAAGGACCGCUGCACAUUUCCACCUUCACAGCGGCGAUUCCCAUGCCACCUUGCUGUCCUGAGUGCCCCAGACUUUUAACUGUGUAAAUAAGAGUGUUUCGUUCAAAUGUUAAUAAACUUUACACAGUAAAUAGACACAUUUUCUGCAAUGUACUGA